AUGACGGAUGGACUGAAUUGGGGGCGUGAAUUUCUCAAACCCACCAUCUGGGUGAGCCCCAGCAGGGUGGUGGCGCUCGGGGGAAGCGUCACCAUCCGCUGUGCGGGUCGGUACCCGGGCACGGAGUUCUUUCUGCAUAAAGCUGGACACCCGAACCGGCAGGUGCGGUCGGUGCCUGAUGGGACCGUGGCUGAAUUUCCCAUCCCCAGUGUCGUCCGGGAAGAUGGAGGGAGCUACACCUGCGACUAUCGCUCCAUAACGGAACAGAGUCGCUCAUCGCAUCCCAGCGACCCCGUCGAGAUCAUUGUAGGAGAGCCCAGCUACCCCAAAUCCAACAUCUCCCUGAGCCCCAGCGGGGGGGUCUCCCUGGGGGGAGCUGUGAGCGUCUGGUGUCGGGGGCAGCGCCGGGGAAUGCGGUUCGUGCUGAAUAAAGAGCGACGUCAUUUCCAACCUGUGGAUUCGGACCGGUUGGAGGUUGUGUUUCCCAUUAGCAACGUGAGCCGGGAGGACGGCGGGAGCUACAGCUGCUCCUAUCACAGCAGAUCGAAGCCGUUCGCCGUGUCGUACCCCAGCGACCCCGUGAAGCUGGUGGUGAGAGGGGAAACUGACCUGGCCCAGCCUGGAGCGGUGCCGGCUCCCACCUGCCCGGGCAGUGCGGGGCCAGGCGGAUCGGAAUCGCCGGCACCUCCGGGUCUGACCAGCCCCAUCAUCAUCGGGGCGAGCGCGGCAGCCGCCGGCCUCCUCCUUCUCCUCGUGGCCUUCGUCUGCUUCAGAAAAAUCCGAGCCAGAAAAGGAGCCGCACCGAGACCGAGCAGCCCCUUGGGGGUGUUGAAGACCCCAGCUCAGCAAGACGCCAUCUACGCCUCCAUCGAUGAAGGGAAAGAGCCGCAGACCCUGGAGCCCAACCCCGGUGCCGAGGGACUCACCUACGCCGAGCUGGACUGUCAGGCGCUGCAGGCCAAGCCGGGGGGCCCGGCCCCUGCCCCUGCCCCUGAGCCUGUCCAGCCCAGCAUGUACGCCGCGAUCAACGUGAGCCAGGGGGCCCUGCAGUGA